AUGUUUUUAAUAUCAAAAAUAGUACGGGGCAGGCGAUUGCUGCAUGAACUUGAAGCUGAAACGGAAAAAAAGACGGCGCGGGAAGCGGCUAUGAUAGAACCCUCCGCCAUGAUUAUUCGGCAAAAUACACAAUCAGCUCGGGCGGAAAAAUUUAUGGGUGAAACAUCACAGAUCAAUUCUCAGUCUGGAGUAGGAACAUCUAAUGCAAAUAUAACAUAUACAACAACUACGCCAUCAUCUUGCAGUACUACAUUAUCUAAUCUUACAAUACGGCCAUCGAAAGCGGUUUUGUCCGAAAUAUACUGGCAAGUAGGUCGAAUUUUGAAAGUGAAAUUCGAAAGAAAAAAUUUUGACCAGAAAAGAGAUUCUUCAUUACCGGACGGAGUCGAAACGGAUUUAGAUGCCGAUUUAAACGAUCUUACAGUAAUGCCUUCUCGUUUACGUCGUUCAUCCAGUAUGCCGAGUGUAUCUGAUCCUAUCAUUAGACCGAUUUUAAAACAUUAUGAUUAUAACUCAAGAUUGAACCGACUCCAAAAACGAUUCCUUCGCUUUACCUGGCAUCGUUUGCAAACCAGAAAUGGUGGAAAACGAAUAGCAAGUGUUUUUGAAGAGGUGUAUGAGCGUCUUCUAAAGCAGUUACCUGGAAUUUGGAAAAUGUUCACAACACGAACUUUUUUAUCUGCAAUGUCACGAAGCGAAAUUGCUACACCACGGGAUCAUGCAAGGGAAACAGUGAAAUUGAUCGAUUAUGCGAUUAAGAAUUUGGAAUUAAGCGACAAAGGAAGGAAUGACACAGGCAGUGAUUACGAUCCUUUCUUACUUGGUAAAAUGCAUGGUAGACUUCGGCCAUAUGGUUUCACCGGAAAUUACUGGGAGAAACUUGGCGAAAUUAUUGUUGAUGUAGUGCUAGUACAAGAAGCUGUUAGAGAUUUACCUGGUGCUGGCCAAGCUUGGGUCAUAUUCAUUGCAUGCCUUGUUGACCAGCUAAGAGCUGGAUUUGACGAUAGUAAAAGCGGCUUAACAUCAACGACUGGAACGCUCCAACAGAAGUUUAUUUGUGGUAGUGCUAAUUCAAACAAUGCAGUAAAUUUUCAUCAACAUUCACUUCCAUCCGCUGAUACACCUUGUUAUUCAUCACCGAGUCAUUGCUACGGCAGUCAACCGUUUCCAUCAGAAUACACUUCAACACUAGAAUCGGAAACAAGUGAUAGCCCAACUUUCGAUUCAAGUAUGUCGUCGAAAUGGCAUGAAGGACGAAAUUGUUCUAUGUCUGGACCCGCAGCAGAACAUAAUACUUCAACAUUUCGAAGUAGUAAACGGAGUUCAGCACGUUUCUUGAAACACUCUAAAGGUAUAUGUAAUCUCAAUAUUCAGAUCAAGCUUAAUUAUGCCAGUGAAGAUAAUCAAUAUCAUACUACUUUAUUUCAGAAUUCGAGUAAUACUCAGGUAUUAAAUCCGGAAUUAACCAUGGGAUAA